AUGCGGCCCAGUCUCGAGGAUCGCAUCGAGGUGCAUCGCGCCCAGCUCCAGUCAAAGCCGUUUCCAGGCUUCGGUCAUGCCCUCAAGCCAUACUACGGCUUCGACGAGUCGUAUGUCGCCCUCAACAACGGCUCGUUUGGUGCCUGCCCCAACCAUGUGCUCGCGGUCUACAAGGAGUUUGUCGACGAGGCCGAGCGAUACCCCGACACCUUUCUACGCCGCAUGUACAGGCCGCUGCUGACCACGGCGCGCAAGCAGCUCGCCGAGAUCAUCCACUGCCACGUCGACGACCUUGUGCUGGUCGCCAAUGCCACCAGCGGCGUCAACGCCGUGCUGCGCGGUCUCAAUGGCACAUGGCGCAAUGGCGACGCCAUCCUCGUCUACGAGACCAUCUACGGCGCCUGCGGCAAGACGGCCCAGUACAUCGUCGACUCGAAUCCCAGCUUUGCACUCCAGAUCGUCCGCGUCCCGCUCUCCUACCCUCUCACGCACGACGAGGUGAUCCAAAAGACGCGCGCUGCCAUCGAGGAUGCCGAGGCCAAGGGCAUCAACAUUCGCAUCGGCGUGAUGGACGCCAUCUCGUCCAUCCCAGGCGUCGUGGUGCCGUGGGAGCGCCUGUGCAAGCUUUUCCGCUCGCACAACAUUCUUUCGCUCGUCGACGCCGCGCACGCCGUCGGACAGAUCAAAGUGGACAUGAUCGCCGCCGACCCGGACUUUUUCAUCUCCAACUGCCACAAGUGGCUCUCGGCGCAUCGCGGCGUGGCGCUCCUGUACGUGGCCAAGCGCAACCAGCACCUGACGCACGCCAUCCCCACUUCGCACGACUACCUCUCGCCCAACCUGCCGCCACCCAAGGGCCCUCCGCUGCUGCCCACCGACGCACCCUCCAACUUUGUCGCCACCUGGGAAUGGACCGGCACCAUCGACAUGUCCAACUACCUCAACAUCCCCGCUGCGCUCGAAUUCCGCCGCUGGAUGGGUGGCGAGGCUGCCAUCAUGGCGUACAACUCCAACCUCGCGCAAAAGGCAGGCGAGAUCGUGUCGCAAAAGCUCGGCGCCGGCUCGGUCGUCAUGGAGGUCGAGGCGGCCAGCGAGGCCGAGCGCCUCACGGCGAGCAUGGUCAACGUGUCGAUCCCCGUCGACGUCGCUGCCACCGAUGCUGAUGAGCGCCGCGUCGAGCUCGCCAUGCUCGGCGCACGCCUCCAGACGCGCCUCACCACCGAAAACGAGACGUUUGUCAUGUUCUAUGUGCACGCCGAUCGCAUCUGGAUCCGCCUCAGCGCGCAGGUCUGGCUCGAGCCCAGCGACUUCGAGUGGGUCGCUGACAAGAUCCAGGCCCUCGUCCUCGAGCACCAGCUGCAGACCAAGGCAACUAUUUGA